GUUAAUUUAUGGUGUUUAAUUGUUGUUUGGAACAACCCGAAAGCAUUAAACUCUUGCAAAACUGUGUUGGUGCAGUAUGUUCUACUCUUUGUGUACUAAGAAUGUGGGCCAUGUCAUCGAUAGUUGGUUAAGAAUGUCCGCUGAUUCACCCAACAAAUCAAACCACCACCGGGGACACAGCGUCUCCCCGCAGCCCGUGAACGACCGCUCGAUAAUAGAGAAUGUAGCAGGGUUUAUAAACGAAGUCGUACCACAGGGGUACUCUAGUGCUGCGCCCUCGGAAGGCAAAGAAGCAAUCCAGUGGGCGAGGUUCGAGUGCGGGGACAUAAACGAUCCUGCCCUGUACCCGGAGUCCUCGGAAGACCACAUUUCGGCUCCCCCUCUGCUACUGGUUCUGGGGUACAGCAAUGGAGUGCAGGUGUGGACGGUGCCGGCGAGCGGGGAGGCCAGCGAGGUGCUCUCCUCCAGGCAGGGCGUGGUGCGCACCCUGCGCGUGCUCCCCUCGCCCCGCGCCGCCGCGCCGGACGCCUUCUCGCUGAAGAGACCGCUGGUGGCGCUGUGCGACAGCGCGGGGCCCGGCCCCCAGUUCUGUUCCGUCAGCUUCGUGUCGCUGCGCAGCGGGGAGCAGGUGAGGUGCGUGAAGCUGAAGAGCGCGGUGAGCGACGUGCUGGCCAGCCGGCGCGUGGUGCUGCUGGCGCAGGCCGAGCGCAUCUCCGUGCUGCACGCCGGCACGCUGGACGACUGCCUGACGGUGACCACGUGCUACCCGUGCCCCGGGCCGGGGCCCAGCCCGGUGGCCCUGGGCGAGCGCUGGCUGGCGUACGCCGAGCGCCGCCUGGUCUCCGCGCGCCGCUCCUCGGGCGGCAGCGAGGGGGACGGCGUGCAGUCCUACACGGCCGCCGUGCUGCACGCGGCCCGGUCCCUGGGGCGGGGGCUGCGCGAGCUGGGCGAGACGGUGGCGGGCAGCCUCACCGGCGCGGCCGCGCAGCGCGGCGCGGGGCCGUCCAGCACGCCCGGCACGGACGCCUCGCGGCCGGGGGUCGUCACCAUCCUCGACACGCAGGUCCCGGGCGGCGAGGCGGUGGCCCACUUCACGGCGCACAGCGACGCGGUGGUGGCCCUGGCCUUCGACCCGUCGGGCCUGCUGCUGCUGACGGCGGACCGGCGCGGCCACUGCUUCCACCUGUUCCGCGUGCAGCCUCAUCCGGCCGGCGCGGCCUCCGCCGCCGUGCACCACCUGUACAUCCUGCACCGCGGCGACACCGGCGCCAAGGUGCAAGGCAUGGCCUUCUCGGCGGACAGCCGCUGGGUGGCGGUCAGCACCAUGCGCGGCACCACGCACGUGUUCCCCAUCACGCCGUACGGCGGCGCGGUGGGCGUGCGCACGCACGGCUCCCCGCACGUCGUGAACCGCCUGUCCCGGUUCCACCGCAGCGCGGGGCUCACCACAGACGGGCGCAACAGCCCCGUGCCGCUGGCCGGAGCGGAGGCCCCCGCGCCGGGCCCGGCCGUGCCCCACCCCAACCCCCGCCUGCCCCCCUACCCGCACCCCACCGUCCUGACGCCCCUGGCCCAGCUGCGCCAGCCCUUCGCCCCCUCGUCGCCCGGCCCGGCCGGCCACCCCUCGGUGCGGGCGCUGGGCCGGGCGCAGUCCUGGGACGAGGGGCCGGCGGGCGGGGGCACGCCCCUCAGGGUGGCCGCCUGCUUCGCCCCGCCGCGCGCCUGGCUGGCCGCGUCCCCCACGGCCGCCCGGGAGCCGGCCAAGGCCUGCCGGAGGCUGGUGGACUCGCUGUUCGUGAUGACGUGCCACGGCACGCUCAUACAGUACGACCUGCGGCCCCGCCACGCCGCCGGAGUGGCCAAGGAGAAGGUGUGCGACGACACGCCCCUGGACCUGGAGGUGGAGGCCAAGGCCCAGUGGCAGCUGCUGCGGUCCCGCCACUGGGCCGAGCUGCAGCCCCCGCUGCCCGCCUCCAGCCCCCUGGUGGCCGUCCCCGAGCGCCUGCCGCCCCCGAGCGACCCCGGCGAGGAGCGCUGGCUGUCCCAGGUGGAGAUCGUGACGCACGCCGGGCCCCACCGCCGCCUCUGGAUGGGCCCGCAGUUCUCCUUCAAGACCUACGCCAGCUCAACCAGCGCCGUGCCGCUGGAGUCUGACGCGCUGGACGUGGGUGUGGGCGGCGGCUCGCGCCCGGCGCGCUCCAACCCGGUCAACAUGCCGGCGGGGAGCUCCGGGCCCCGCCCCGCUGUGCCGGUGCUCAUCGAGUCUGGAUCCGCGAGCAGCUACGAGCAGUCGCCCACGCUGCUGGAGGCGUUCGGGCCGGACGGGGACUCUGACGGCUCGCUGGGUCCCGGGGAGUCGCAGCUGAAGGAAGACCUGGCCGAUGCGAUGCUGGAGAGCCCGGGCUUGCAGUCCGGCGACGCAGACACCAGAGGCUGCAGGCGGAGGUCCCUCGCCAACUGGCGAGGCAGUCAGUCGCUGGCCAGCUGCGAGGACCUGAGCUCCAGCAGCUUCAGUUCCGCCAGCCGAGCCUCCCUCGAGGCGCGCUGCUCCCCGUCGCCCUCGUACGCCACAGAGAGCGCGCUGGUGUUCCCAGGCGACUCCAGUGGCUCAGUGUAGCGCCAGCCACACUUGCUCCAACAUACGAGCGUUCCUUGUGGCACGCUGCUCCCCGUCGCUCUCGUCCGCCACAGAGAGCGCGCUGGUGUUCCCAGGCGACUCCAGUGGCUCUGUGUAGCGCCAGCCACACUUGCUCCAACAGCCGAGCGUUCCUUGUGGCGCGCUGCACCCCGUCGCCCUCGUACGCCACAGAGAGCGCGCUGGUGUUCCCGGGCGACUCCAGUGGCUCCGUGUAGCGCCAGCCGCACUUGCUCCAACAGCCGAGCGUUUCUUGUGGCGCGCUGCACCCCGUCGCCCUCGUACGCCACAAAGAGCGUGCUGGUGUUCCCGGGUGACUCCAGUGGCUCCGUGUAGCGCCAGCCACACUUGCUCCGCCAGCCGAGCCUCCCUCGAGGCGCGCAUCUCCCCGUCGCCCUCGUACGCCACAGAGAGCGCGCUGGUGUUCCCGGGCGACUCCAGUGGCUCCGUGUAGCGCCAGCCACACUUGCUCCAACAUACGAGCGUUCCUUGUGGCGCGCUGCUCCCCGUCGCCCUCGUACGCCACAGAGAGCGCGCUGGUGUUCCCAGGCGACUCCAGUGGCUCCGUGUAGCGUCAUCCACACUUGCACCAACAGCCGUGCGUUCCUUGUGGCGCGCUGCACCCCGUCGCCCUCGUACGCCACAGAGAGCGCGCUGGUGUUCCCAGGCGACUCCAGUGGCUCUGUGUAGCGCCAGCUACACUUGCUCCAACAGCCGAGCGUUUCUUGUGGCGCGCUGCACCCCGUCGCCCUCGUACGCCACAAAGAGCGUGCUGGUGUUCCCGAGCGACUCCAGUGGCUCCGUGUAGCGCCAGCCACACUUGCUCCGCCAGCCUAGCCUCCCUCGAGGCGCGCUGCUCCCCGUCGCCCUCGUACGCCACAGAGAGCGCGCUGGUGUUCCCGGGCGACUCCAGUGGCUCCGUGUAGCGCCAGCCACACUUGCUCCAACAUACGAGCGUUCCUUGUGGCGCGCUGCUCCCCGUCGCCCUCGUACGCCACAGAGAGCGCGCUGGUGUUCCCAGGUGACUCCAGUGGCUCUGUGUAGCGCCAGCCACACUUGCUCCAACAUACGAGCGAUCCUUGUGGCGCGCUGCUCCCCGUCGCCCUCGUACGCCACAGAGAGCGCGCUGGUGUUCCCGGGCAACUCCAGUGGCUCCGUGUAGCGUCAGCCACACUUGCACCAACAGCCGUGCGUUCCGUGUGGCGCGCUGCACCCCGUCUCCCUCGUACGCCACAGAGAGCGCGCUGGUGUUCCCAGGCGACUCCAGUGGCUCUGUGUAGCGCCAGCCACACUUGCUCCAACAGCCGAGCGUUCCUUGUGGCGCGCUGCUCCCCGUCGCCCUCGUACGCCACAGAGAGCGUGCUGGUGUUCCCAGGUGACUCCAGUGGCUCUGUGUAGCGCCACCCACACUUGCUCCAACAACCGAGCGUUCCUUGUGGCCCGCUGUUCCCCGUCGCCCUCGUACGCCACAGAGAGCUUUCUUGUGUUCCCAGGUGACUCCAGUGGCUCUGUGUAGCGCCACCCACACUUGCUCCAACAACCGAGCGUUCCUUGUGGCCCGCUGCUCCCCGUCGCCCUCGUACGCCACAGAGAGCGCGCUGGUGUUCCCGGGCGACUCCAGUGUCUCCGUGUAGCGCCAGCCGCACUUGCUCCAACAGCCGAGCGUUUCUUGUGGCGCGCUGUACCCCGUCGCCCUCGUACGCCACAAAGAGCGCGCUGGUGUUCCCGGGCGACUCCAGUGGCUCCGUGUAGCGCCAGCCACACUUGCUCCGCCAGCCGAGCCUCCCUCGAGGCGCGCUGUACCCCGUCGCCCUCGUACGCCACAGAGAGCGCGCUGGUGUUCCCGGGCGACUCCAGUGGCUCCGUGUAGCGCCAGCCGCACUUGCUCCAACAGCCGAGCGUUUCUUGUGGCGCGCUGCACCCCGUCGCCCUCGUACGCCACAAAGAGCGUGCUGGUGUUCACAGGCGACUCCAGUGGCUCUGUGUAGCGCCAGCCACACUUGCUCCAACAUACGAGCGUUCCUUGUGGCGCGCUGCUCCCCGUCGCUCUCGUACGCCACAGAGAGCGCGCUGGUGUUUCCGGGCGACUCCAGUGGCUCUGUGUAGCGCCAGCCACACUUGCUCCGCCAGCCGAGCCUCCCUCGAGGCGCGCUGUACCCCGUCGCCCUCGUACGCCACAAAGAGCGUGCUGGUGUUCCCAGGCGACUCCAGUGGCUCUGUGUAGCGCCAGCCACACUUGCUCCAACAUACGAGCGUUCCUUGUGGCGCGCUGCUCCCCGUCGCUCUCGUACGCCACAGAGAGCGCGCUGGUGUUCCCAGACGACUCCAGUGGCUCCGUGUAGCGCCAGCCACUCUUGCAUCAGUGUAUAUUUCUAUCAAUAUUUCUAUUUUUCUUUCAGUAUUUUUAAGAAGGCUUGUAUGUGCUGCCUUCUAAUCACUACGAUAUAUUAAAUCGGGGAAUGUUAUCAGAGCACAGAUGUGUAUCAAACACAGUUGAUGUAUAUAUCUGAAGUCAUGCCAUUCCAUCUGUAGGAUAGACAUGCCUAUCCUUGUUAUGGUAGCCUUCUUUCAUCUGUUACCUUCAAGUUUGGCUCUUCAGGGUGGCUACAGAUACUCUGCCGAAAAAUUCCCUGACAUUUCCCUGACAUUUCCCUGAAUUUUCCAACUGUUAAAAUACUUUGUUGUGACGUAACUUAAACAUUUCCCCUAGAAUUUCUUUAAUGCAAAUUGUAUCCAAACAGUAAAUUACCAACCUCAUUUAUUAUAUUGCACUUUAAAUUAAAUGAAAACAUUACUCAACAAAAGAUCCUUUCUGAUGUUAUCAAUCACUACACCAUAGGUACAAAAUUUGGUGCUCUACUUGAGUUAACGAAUAUCACUUUCAUGAAACACAUCAAAUUUUGAAAUGAAGUUCACAGUCGCACAUAUUAUUAACAAAUAUGUAAUGAAAGCUAUGAUGGUUAUAUCAGUCAUGUCACCAGUGUACAAUUUGAAGACACAUUUCAGUUUUUAGACGAGGUUCCUCAAACUUAGAAAAUAAAUUUACCAGUUCAUUUUAAACUAAAAAACCAACACAAUAUCACUUUUACUUUGUUAAGGCUUUGAUUUCUUCUUCGAUCAAAGAAGCUUGCUUUCGUGCUUCCUCCAACAACUUCUGUUUCUUAAACUCCAACUGUUUUGCAAUGGAUGCAGCUCGUUUUUUUCCACUUUAUUUCUCUCUUCCUUAUCUGCUUCUCUGGACUGCUUUUUCAGUGCUUCAGAAUAACGGGCUCUUGCAUUUCUGGCAAAACGAAGUAACUUCUUGGUUAUCUGUAGCUUUUCAAUUCCACCUUCAGCUAGUACAGCAUCAUAUACUUGUCUUUGUGCUACAAGAGACAUUUCCUUCUGAUUUUCAAUUAUACAUUCUCGAUUUACCGAAAAUUCUCUCUCCAAGCUACUGUUUCCAUGAGACAAAAUAAAUACCAUUUUUAAGACGGAAGUCAAAUCUUGGUAAUCACCAGUCUCAGGAAUCAUUUCAAGCCACAAUCUGUCUAGCCUAUGAUCUUUCACACAAAAUGCCAACAUUUUUUCCCUGAAAUUGGGCAGACUGAAAAUACUCUUGAACUGACGAUCUAAGCGAUCUGCGGUCAUGCCAGAUAUCCAGUUGUUUGCUACUAAUAUCUCCAAGAAAGACCUCAUUCGUUCAUCACGCACUGCCUGUAGAACAGAAACUGCUGGAUCUAAAAAUGAUAUGGCUUUGGUCAACUUGAACUUCAGAGGUGAAAAAUCCAAUAACUUACUGCAGAUCUUUUGCAAACAAAUUUGACAAUCUCGUUUAAACAAUAGGAUGUCUUUCUCAACCACAUCAUUUGAUUCGCGAAGAGCUUUUCUUGUAGCAUACCCAAUAUCCAAAUUCUUUACAGGUUGCAAGUUAUUCUUGUCUGAAACAUCAAUGUCACACAACACUGACUUUGCAGCAAUAACAUCUGCUUUUACAAAUCUUGACAUUAAAGAAUGCAAAACACUAUUUAAAGAACCAUAUAGCAGUGGUGCUAGAGGCACAUCAUCCUGAAACUUGCGAAGGAAAGGUUCAAUUUCACUUGCUAUAGAAACAAAGAAAGCAAGUUUAGCUGUCAACAUUUUAUCUUUAACAGAUGAUGCAACAGUCUGAAAGCUUUGGCAACAUGGUACUUUCUUUAACUUUGUGGCUUCUGUCACAUACUUCUGCACGUUGGGAAGAAUUUCUACUGCCCUCUCUGCAACCUGGACAUUUUCAAGCCACCGAACCGAACAGAAUUUCUUGGGGAAUACCGAAGAAUCAGUGAAAUGAAUGUAAUCAGCUCUACGUGCUGGGACAUUCUUAAACAAAUAAUAAAGAGCUCUCAAAAAUUCAAUAAUCUUCCAUUCGGUCACAUUUACAGCAGCUUUAAAAGAACAAUGAAGAGUGUGCAAGCCACAACUUCCAAUGUCAAGCAUCACAACAUCUUUCAAGUUAACAUUUGCACUUAUGAGUUCGCGCAAAAAUUUUUUGUUUACAUUUGGUCCAUCCAUUGACACUUGUAAUAUGUUAAUCUGUUUUAACUCUGAGAGAGCACUACUGAACGCUGUCAACAAAUCAAUUGAUGUAGCAUGACCUAAGAAUGCAGAGUUCAAAUACUGAGUUGAUACUCCAUUUAGCUUAUUGUUCCAAAACCGUACCAAAACGUCCAUCUGUCCCUUUUGAGCAACCUUGUUUAAGGACUCAUCAAAUCCUACAACUAUCUGUGGACACUGCAAGCACAAAUCUACAAGUUCAUCGUGAAAGUAUGGAGCAAUUCCAUGCAAAAUAGUGUACCCAAUUUUCGCUCUUCCUAGCUGCAUCUUCUGGGCAAUGUCACUAUCAGGAAACAUUAAUUUAAAGAGAUCCACACUUUUUCCAGAAGCACGCAUGGAAGUGUGCGUCAUUACAGUCUGAAUACACCAAUAUACUUCAGACUUUGUGACAUUCUCCUGAAGAAUGAAACUGUUCAAUGGGGAAACCUUUUCUUUAUGCACAUCUGAACUCAAAACCUGAAACAAAACCAGGUGUAACUUACUUACUGUCUUAAUAUAUUUUUAUGAUGCAUUUCUGAACUUUAGAGCACAAUAAGAAUCAUAUUGAAAUUAAUUUUUUAAUAAGUUAUUUUAAAAAGUUGCAUAAUUGUAAUAUAACUCUAAUAAGACAAAUGCUGCAAUUAGCCUAAUAUUAAUUAAUUUAGGUAUUACAAAGUGUGGACUUUACUGUCACAACAACGCAUUAAAAAGUAUAAUGGCAAACCUGUGAGACGACACUUCCUUCAUCAGAUGAAGUGCCUGGGACAGGCUGACAUGUAUCUGAAGUUGCUGAAGAUGAAUUCUGUUUGAAAUAUACUGAAAGUGAAUAAGUCUUUCUUCUUCUUUCUACAGCUGCUUGGUGUUUCUUGCCGGUGAUAUGACUUCUUACGGCUCGUUUACCCAUGUUACUUAGACUGAAUUUUGUAUGGCAAAAAGUACAAAUAGCAGACUAUUGAUCCGUGGGCGAUUCUCUUAGCCAGUUCUUGAAGUCUGGAUCUAAAAGCCAUGAUUCGUUAAAUACUGUUUUUCUGAAUUUCGACAUGGAAACUAAGUGGUGGUUAAGUCUGAAAAACUAAAAAUAUUAAACCAUAACUCAAAUGCCUGACGUUUUUUAAAACUUAUAUUAGAUUUUACGUGUUUCAAAUAGUCUUCUACUGAAUUAACAUUAAUGCAUUACUACUGUCGACGUUCAUAACACAGAAGCACUCUUGAUGAUGAGAAAUCGCAGUUAUCACUCGCAAAGGCAUGUCAAAUGGCAAACUUGCAUGAUGGCACUUCAAAACAGCUAAUAAAUAAAUAAAACCAGUUGUUUAUGUUCACACUUCAGACAAAAAUUCCACGAUGUUAUUCACGGAAAACUACAUCCAACUAGUCAACAUGCACGUACGCAAGGCACACGCGUGCAGUGGCUAUCGAAGACAAUUGUUUUCGAACAAUCGAACUGUCCGUCCGCCAUUACGUUGAUGUGCUCGGCACUCGCUGGACGCAGCUCGACGGGAAAACUAAGAUGUCCAUCAAGUUCUGUCCCUGCCCGAACACGCCCGAAUAUUCACCUUCCGCCAACCUCGGGUUCAUUUAUAUAUAUUUAUAUUUCUCUGUUUAUUUUAAUGUAGCUAUACUAACCUAACUAACCGUCCAUAGUGUUUUAAAGUGUUUUAAUGUAGCUAACCGAACCGACCACUUUUAAUAUUUGAAUUCAUUUUUCCUGCGCAAAAAUAAAACAAAUCCCGAGGUUGGCGGAAGGUGAAUAUUCGGGCGUGCUCGGGCAGGGACAGAGCUUGAUGGACAUCUAGGCUUCUCCAGCUCGACACGGCCCGGCGCGGCAGUCAAGAAGCUUGAGGAUGUCGGCACGGUCCGGUGGCCAGCAUCAAAUGCAAGCACGCACCCUGAAUUUUCGCGAUUUUGUUUUCAAGGGGAAAAAAAUGUGGGAGUAAAAUGGGUAGAUACAAUUUUAAUGUGGUUGAAAUAAAAUAAAAUGCAUUAAAAUAGUGUAUAAAAAUGAGAAAUCGCAAAAAUACUUUACAACAAAAAAUUUCCUGCACCUUGGCCAGAAUUCCCUGUCAUUUCCCUGUUCUCCCUGACAUACUAAAUUUCCCUGACUUUUCCCGGUUUUCCCGGUCUGUAGCCACCCUGCUCUUGUAGUCAAUUUCUCUGCACUAAUACUUGGUAUUAUUUAGUCUUUACUUAUUUUGAUGAUAAAAUUAUAAUCUUUCGAUUUAUUUUUAUAAUAUAUUGUUUGUUUUUAUCUUGUUCCUUUCGACUGGUGACCACAUGGUGAUUUAUUAUGUCGUGUAUUUGAAAUACUUUUAUGAAUAGAUGUUCUAAGAGUGUUAAUUGAGAUGUUAGGAGUUAGCAAGGAGUGUAUUUAUGUAUUUUUACUCAUACUAGAAUGAGUAUUUUCUUUUCACUCAAGACUUUAUUGAAUUUCAAGAAGGAUACGGUGCAAUCCUAACCCCUAUGAUGCUUUGUACUCAAUCACUUUGUCAUUAGCGAUGUGGCUUGCAGCUCUGUUAUUUUGGAGUCCUUGCCUCAAGCCUUUGUGUUAACUGUGCAACCCAAGUUUUUUUCUUUACAUUCAGUUUUACAUGUUACACUCAUUGUGCACAUUCUUGCAAUGUGUUGACGCCUAGUCGUCUUGUGGAGGUGGUGAAGUGGUAGGUUGGGCCUGGCUAGCUCUCAGUGGUGAUGUCGCCACGUGGCUGCAUGGUGGUACACCCGGGGGUGUAAGCCCUUCAGGACGCUAUGCUACUGAAAGAACAGUGAAAGGGGAGUCCGGGUGAUGUAUAGAGUUAGAGCGCAGCACACUCGUACAGAUGCUGCUGGAGGUCGCGACGUGUCCCGGUCCUUGAGCGCAGCCUCGUUGCUAGGGCGCUGUGGCCGGCUUAGCCCUCGCUAGAGUUCACGGCAACGGGUACAGCUGAAUCUCGUAUGUUCGGGUCCACUGGCAGUUGACUGGGCAUGCACAUGAACAAGGCUGACGUAAUAUGAAGUUACACAUCGACGUGAAACACUUCCCUAACAAGAUAUUACGUGUUGUGGCCUGUUGUCCACAGAAUGUGACCACAUGCUACAAACCUAACAAACAAUUGGCAGUGAAUAAUCAGAAGUGGAAGGCUGUCGGGUCCAAAACCCAUCACGUGGGUUGCACAAAGACUAGAGGCCCCGAAUGUCCGUCGGCCUUGUGCGGGCGAAACCAUGAAGGAGUCUUGUGACAUGAUAGCUAAUGAAGCCCGGAUCACAACCUGCAACCGGGCAGGUGAAUUGCGUAAUAUAGGGAGAACUCCCACUCGGGGCUGCAGAGGCUGGCAAGUUCGGGCCAGCCUAUAAACCAGCUGCGGAGCCUGAGUUGCAAGGAAAGCCUCACAAUCUUUCAGUUGUUGAGUGUGUUGUAGCAUUGUUGUAACUAUGAUUCACAGUAUAAUGUGUGUUACCCUCAUGCCAAAUGAUUCUGCGUGCACUCCAACAAUCACUUACAAUUAUAGAGCCAAAUCUAAUUUUUUAUACAAAUUAGUGGCAAAACUGUGUGUUGAGAUCUGUUGAGAAGAGGCAUUAAAAGACAUUCAUUAGUCUCUCGGCAAAUUACACCAAAGACCCACUGCUCAGGUAACACUCUACCGGUGUUAUGUUUUUCUUUUGGAAUACAAGAUUUCAUUAAUUUCGAUGUAGAGGCCAUUUCCUCCAAUUUGAGUUUCUUCUUGUUGCAUUCGCCACACGCAAACUUCACACAUGUAAUUGCUGUAGUCAACGAAAGCCUCAAUGCACAUGUUCAACUCUUUAUUACAAAAUGAUGCAUUCCUCAGUUCUUUUGACCAACAAUAUUUAAACAAUGCAAUCUUCUCCACUGAUAAUUUAGAAUUUAGAUUCCUCCAGCCAGUUUCCUUUCUGAACACCAUGUUCGCAACAUUUCAUCAUGCAUCUCCAUUAUAUGACUUUUCCAAAUGACAAGUACAUUUUGUGGUUAUUAAUGCAGAAAGUUUUGGAAAGAAUUAUCCCAUAGCAUUGAAAAAAAAUCACUGCUUAUGUUUCAUCUGUAAUAAGUCUACACAAUUUAAUAAAAUAAAAAAUUUCACUCAUUGUGACUGAAAUACAGAAACAAAAAAUACCUUGACAUUCAAAACCACGUAUUGUGAUGCUAUCAAUAAAAACAGCGAUAGUCGAAUGGGAGGAAAUAUCGACAUGCCGAAGUAUUGAUAUAUUUUUCAGGUAGGAAUAUAACAGAUAAGUAACCUUUUUUUAUGAAAAUUUGCUAUAAUUAGUAAAAUGUUAAAAUAAAUAUUCCAGACAUUUCAUUCAAUUAUAAAAAUUUCUGUGUUUGUUUUGAUUAUCUCAGUUAAUCCUGGAGUUUUGUUUGUCAUACCUGUUUAGGGUUACAAUGAAAUUAAUUUCUCGUUUUUGCACUUUUUUUUUGUUUAACCAUUUGGUAUUGUAGGAACCAAACGAAACAACGUUAAUAAAGUCUUCAAUGGAAAUUUGUAUGUGGUUGGCUAUCACGUAAAAGAGCUAACUGAACCACAGUUUUAUUAGUAAUUUGUUCAUUACAGAAAAAUUAAUGUAUGAAAAUCCACCAUGGAACAUUGAUUCAGACAUAAUCUCUAUCUGUGCAUGUACUCAGACAGGGAUCUAUAUUUUUAAAAUGAUGUUAAUCAAAGUUAAUUGCCAUACUGGCAAAAUGCUGGAGCGUCAGUUCUCAGAGUUUAAAACAUGGUAAACAAAAUACUUAUUAAAAAAAUAUUGAAAUUUUUAACUUAACUUUAACUUAACAAAUGGCAUAAUGUAAAAGGGCCACUUAUGUGCUGAAAACUCCAACAGGUAGCCUGUUUUACAUUAUACUGUCGUGACUAGGGAUGUAAGGGAACGAACAAAUUAAUUGUCGGAGUGGGCGCCACCACGUGAUGUGGGCACGUGGACCCGGCGGAGACUCCCUUCAGGGUGUGACGUGACCCGUGUAGGGCUAGGCUCGGUUCCCUUAGCACGCGAUAUAGCUCCAGUGGGCUCUUCAGGCGUCCCACACGCCUCGAGGUUCAGGAGCAGGGACACGUGGUCACUCGACUAAAAAUCACACGUUCGACUUACUCCUUUUAUUUCAGCAACAUUACAAUACGUCUCCAAUCGCGCUACACCUACAUACACUAUGAGACUGUUAAAACGCCAACGGCGGGAGAGAAUCAGUUUACAGGCUGACCAGGUCACCUCGUGGCCUGGCCUCGUUAGUUUAGGACGCGGUUCGUGAUUAAAUGUUCGAAUUUAACUUAAAUAUUGAUUAAAACGAGUCGGCCACCCGGAGUAGGCCGCGCAUAUACAAAAAAGGUUUAAGAAUGAUAAAAAGUCCGGCGGAUGCUAAGAGAUCAGUUGAUUAAGAAAAAUGUGAAGUUGCGUGGUGCUCACCAAGCAUCUUACCCCGGGUGAAGAACGGAAGCGACUGAAGAGGCCAGGGCAGCAUGGCGGCCGGAAAGCGCUGGAUUUACCGUUAACCUCUCCAGUUAUUUAUUACCGUUUAUUUAACUAAAACAAAUACACUAAAAAUUCUAUAGUAAAAUUAUACCAAGGUUUCGUUAAUUAUUUAAGUUGAGUAUUGAUUAUUUUAAUUAUGAUUAUGGUUCAAACUAGUCGCGGGUAGUUCCAUUGCCUGCCGCGUGGGGCGCUGCUCCGUCCUUACAACUAGCAUUUAAAACAUAAACACUAAGGAAAUAUUAUUUAAAGAAAAGACAGUUAGGUAAACCUAAAAAUUGAAUAAUAAAAUAAAAGGGGUCGUGGCACAGACUUUACACCCGCCUCUUGUUGGCGCCUCACACACACACACACACACACACACACACACACCUGCACACGGGGCGGGAGGUUUGAAAUAGAGGGUGGUGGCGGGAGGAGAGGGGUGGCGACGGCGUGAGGCACAUCGGGCUCAGGGAGGGCGUAGCCCCGGUCGACGUCAAUACUUUACACAUUUUUUAUCAUGUUUUUGUAAUCAAAUAUUAUAUGCAAUGUUUUUUUUUUUUUCAUUUAUUUAAGUUCUCAAUUAAUUUGAAGUAUAACUUGAUACAAAAAAAAAACCAAUUGAGAAAAAUGGUCUGACAUUGAUUUUGAACUUUAAUAAUUUUACUAAGCUAAUUAUUAUUGUUGUAUUUAGCAUUCAAUAAUUUCUUAAACAAUGUAAAAAAAAAAAAAAAUAAUUGGACACUGUAGUUACUUAAAAUUGUCUUAUUAUGGAACAGGAAAAUAAAAUUAAUUUAAAUAGUAAUAAUAAUGAUUAUAAAUAUGAUAAAUCUCGAUUUUCUAACUAAACAUUUUGUGGCCUUAAUUGUUUGAAAACGUUUAAGUGUAUCAUAAACUAAUAUUGCGAGUUGAACUAUUUUUAACAUUUUUCAUCAGGUUGUCUUUAGAAUUUUUACCAACCAAGUAUAGGAAGUAUGAACUGUAUACCUAAGGUAUUCUUUUGUAGGUAGUAUAGUGCUUUUCUAUCGAAACAUGAAAUAUUUAUGAAUAUAAGCAUGAUAUUUUACCUGCUCAAGGGCGUGAAUGAUUGUUUGUUUGUUUAGGAAACGGUAAGAAGUUUUAAAAAUAUUGUAAGACUAAUUGUUGUUUCUGUCGGGCUGUGACAAGCGAGGACAGCGUGUCUGAGCCCUGGCGCGGUGCAGGGCUGACCCCUCUCCCUCUGUUGCGUGCCCAGAACAAGCACGGGACAUCGCUCGGGCCUGCAGGCGUGCCAGUGGGGGUUCUUCAAACAUUCAGUUGUUAGGUUUCAUGUAUCAGUGUUUUCUUUAGAGUAAUUUGUAAUGCUGGAAAUAAAUGACUAGGCAUGCUUAAUGAAUACAGUAAUGAUAAGAAAGGGAGGCCAGCUGAGUGAUUAUUUUUCCUAGCCUAAGUUAUUCUAAGUGUGUAAGGGGAGGGUCCAGGUUAGGGGAGGACCUAAGUGUGUCUCAGGCCGAAGCCUAUACACUCUACCGUGCAGGACAAGGGUGCGUGCUCAUGCCGUGACAGACCGGUGCUGGCCAGAUCUGCACGGCAUGCCUGGCCAGUGAACUAGCUGAGCCCUGAUGCACUGUCUCUCUUAUCAUGGCAAGACUAUGCACACACUAACACAGCUCGCCUGAUCGCCCCGCUGCACUCCCUUAGCCAUGAGUACAUGCAGCUCUGUGAUGUUCUCGGCAUCUCGCCUCCACGCCAUACUGCAGCAUGUGCACCUCCACACUGUCACUCCAGACUGCGGAGCCGAGACAUCACACUGGCAUGUUCGGCGUGUGUCGCACUCCUGUUGGGUUCACCUCCUCUAGUGUCCACUAGUGACCAGAGUUGAUGGUAGCAAUAUUCAGCAUUAAGGGCAGUUGUACCUUCAAAUGCUUGAGGACUUCCACAAGCAUAUUUUGAUGAAAUGGAAAUUAUCUUUGAUGUGUAAGUUUUAUUACGUAAUUAUAUUAUUAUAAACACAAAGAAAGAAUAAAUAUAUUGGAAUAGUUUUAGAGCUGGGCCGAUACAAUUUCUGAUCCAUUAUUCGGCCAUUAUUGUUGUCUGUCUGAUUGUUGUGAUCAGGAUUAUGCUCGCCAAUUUCACAUGCCAAUCAGCUCCCAUAUUUACCCACAGUAUUUACCUGCAUAUGGGUGCCAUCUUUACUUUUUGCCAUAACAAUCAAAUAUUUUCACCAAGGGUCACCCUCGAAUAUGGAUUGCACCAUAUAUCUGAUACAAGGGAAGUCUUUAUGUUCUGGGUGUCAGCUUAUCGGCGCCCAGGAAAUACGGCACUGGUCCUUUGCCUGCUGUCUGCCCUACUUUGUUACUCCGGUACUCCGGUACUCCGGGAGGGUGAAGCGGCAGACUUCUCCCCAAUCCCCCCCCCCCCCCCCCCCCCGCUCCACACUCUGUGGCUCUUCCUUAUCCUGCGCCACCCAACAAGACAAAGGAGGAAAAGAAUACCAUUUUUCGUAUUGGUGUUUCACUUCCCGUCUGUUGUCAAGAGUAUUGUUUUACCCAUCGUCCCUUCCAAUGAAAGGAAGGGUGGCAAGUUAAACUUUGUCGGUUACAUCUGUAAAAACUAGCACGCACUUUACUAAAUUGUGUGUGGUCCAUUGAUUGGGGGGGUGGGGGGUUGUGCAGUUUUGUCUGUAAUGUUAAUUGAAAGGGUGUGAAAAACCUUUUGCAAUAAAUAGUCUGGGCAAUGUUGCGUCACAACAACCUGUCGAGAUAGACGGUGCCAGACCACGGACAUGACUCACACUAACUCUGGUUGUCCCGCAAGUCACUAACCGCCAGAUGCAGACGUAGCAUGAUGACACAGUUCACUGUACUUUUCGAACCACUGCUGAGAUGUUUUAAUUAAACAAUUUAUACUUACUCCUGACAUUAAAUUUCUUAAAAAUCAACUCAUGCUAGUAAUUUAAGCACAUGUUCAACCAAAUGUACGUAAACCUAAUUCAAAAUGAUCAAAUUACAUUAUUUCAUGCAUUAUCAGCUGUAAAAUAUUACUAUGAGCUGUUGACUUUUCAAAUAACUAGGCUGUUUAUAUAACCUUUAUCAAUUACAUUUUGGUGCCUAUUUUUAUAAUGCUAAAUUUUUAUUUUUGUUUUAUGAAAUUUGUGUGAACAUGAAAUUUUCACCUGUGUUUUUUUUUUUUUUUUGUGGCAAUAGCGACAAACCAUAUAGCAUUGUUUUAGCUAUUAAAAGUUAGUUUAGAUUUGCAGAAAGCAUUAUUACUUGAUGUUUUAAUUUGCUGUAUGUCUGUAUCUGGUAACUCGAAAAAACACUUCAAAAUGUCAUUGAUUUACGGUGUUAAUUGGAAUGUAAUGAAAUUGAAACCUUCACCAAAUAACCUUUAUGACUGUAUCUUGAGUUUCAACUGGGUCACAUAUUCCAUUCCUGAAGCUGGCUAUAAUUUAUCUCUGUAAAGAGUAAUGAAAAUAACGUGAUCUCACAUGACUUAGGCUGGUACGUGUGGCUCAUGGCCUCCUACGUGGACUAUGGACCAUUGUCAUCUACAAAUAAAUGUUUCUUCAAAUAACUAUUCAGGAUACAAGCAAGCUACAUGCAGAUCCCAUAUUAAGGUGGACCACAUACUGAACCCCCCUUUGUGCUUGUGCCAUUGGGUAGUACCUUUAUUUAUAGUCCUGGAAGCCGCUUAUAGCCACACAAAUGUUCGUUGAAAAAUCCAGAGGGCACAAGGGAGAAACGGAAUGUCCAAAUGGUGUUCCUCAAGUAAACCUUAGAGAACACUGUGGAUCGUUAAUAUUAAUAAAAAAAAUUAACAACUAGAUAAAAAAAAAUACAACAUGGGUGAUUGUGCCAUAUUCCCUUGUUUAUUUGUUAAAGUUAGAAUUUUAAAAGAACUAUUUCUGUAGUUGGUAUUUUCUGAAUUUCGAACAUAUUAUAACUUUACAAUUUCAAUACAUAAUAAUAUUAGACAGAUUCAAUUUACUAAUUCAGGGGCCCCUCUAGAGAAAAAAAAACAUAGACAGAGGUUAAUAAUAAUUUUUUGCGUAGUCUUUUGUCUUAUAAUAAAACCUUCGUAAAAUCAGUUCUGUUAUUUUAACAAUAUUAAAAGUUCACCGAAGACUGGCCAUGACGAGAAUGUACUGUACCACAAGCAUGAUCAGGACUUAUUGCCGAAAAUGUCGUUGAGAUGCAAUAGCUUCCCGGUCACCGGAGAAGGCUGGCGAUUUUCAGGGGCUCCGCGAAGUUGGAGCCGAACUCCAAGAGGUUGGGAGGGUGGUACUCCGGAGAUUUGGAACCCGGAACUUUGGAACUUGGGACUUUGCACCCUCUGCAACCAAGAAAUAGGUCACAGAGUUUAGAAAAUGUAAAAAAUUACAAGGGAGGAUACAAAAGGGGAUGGUCCGAGAAUUAUAGAGUUUGGAGCUUUUGUUUACACUCACCAUUCUGCUGAGGGUGAAUUCCGAAGAAAACGGUCCACGGGAUGGCACUCGCGGACGCGGGUCGCGUAAGCGAACAUAACUAGAUUACUACGGUGAUGUAAACAAUAAUAAAAAAACCAACUAGCUAACUAGAAAAAAGAGACGGGACUACUCCCGAAACUCUGGUAAUCACAUGCCUAGACUUUGUUGGAGCUCUUCGACAGCAAAAGAAGAAAAACCGACGAAAUGGCGGGAGCCAAGUCUCUAAGACGACCGUUCGCGACGAGAGCUCAAGAAAAACUCUCCUCAAUUCCCUAAGUGGCACGAGGUAACAUCGGCUAGCCCAGGGAAGCUGGGACUCGAGGGGAAGGGAAAAUUAGCUGAUUGGCCGAAGACGCCUUGGUGGGGGUCGCUCGAAGGGGCUAAAAGAAAUUAUAAAAAAAGGGGGGGGGGGGGUAAGUUCUGUUGGUCGGGCGGUGCUGCUCUCUAGGUAGGUGACACGAGAAACUAAGGGUUAGCCGACAGCUCCGGGACGAGCGGGAAGCCUACUUACAGGCAAUCGGGGGUAAUUUAGUUCAAAACAGUGCCCCUAGAUGGCACGGGUGAGUCGUUUGGCGCUAGCAAAUGGCCCCGGGGCGGGGGCGGGGGCGUGUCCAGGAGAAUGCCCGUUCAGAGUCCUCGGGCUGCUUCUGAGAAAACAUGGAGGGGUGGGGGGGGGGAUGGGGAAACUGCACUGUCUGUGAGAAACGACGGCCGUUCGCGACGAGACGUUAUGCUAACGUCGGGUGGGACAUGAGCCGCGCAUGACAAAAGGUGCUCAUGUCAUGCUGCUACUCGGAUCUGAGCUCGUCGUGAGAGAUUGUCGAUGGCAGCAGUUCCUGUCACGGGAGGGGAUCGAAAUGACAGACGGGAGGCGUGUGGCUAGGCGAGGAAAAUUUGAAUCGCCCUGCUGAGUUUAGCAGGCGUCGGCGAGAAUGCUGGGGGGGGGGGGGGGGGGGGGAGGACUUAGGCUUGGGAACUUGGCAGGGCCACUGCUAUAACAAACUUUAGGUGAGUGUGUACACUGAGGGGGGAAAAAUUAAAUUGAGUCGCAAAUUUAAUACGAAAAAUUCAGAUUAAAAAAAAAUUGAAAAUUUUUGAAAAUAGGGCCGAAAAUCUAAAUUGGCGGCACAUACUCCCCCGCUGAAAGGCGGAGCCAGGGUAAGCGACCAGAAGUAAGCAAAAGGUCAAGAGAACUGACCGACUUACCCUGUACCAGAAUCGACUAACAUAAACUACUAACAAUAAACGGUCUCCUUAAUACUUAACACACAUGAUAACACUUCAUAAACAAACUUAAGAACUAAGUGGCGCCACUUUAAUCUAGACAUCUUAUCCUAACAUACAUGUAAACUUUACUGCAUUAAUACACUUACAAUUUGUGCCAGCACUCUUACAAACUAGUACCAUGGUUUUUUUUCUUAUAACUAGGACCUAGGAUUUGUGUUCAGACUCAACAGCACGUGUUGAGUGAGGCAUGCCGAAUUUUUUGACUUUAGCUCCUUGGUUCGGAGUAAAAAGGGAAGAAGGAGGCACCUACUUCAGGUUAGGAUGCACUUUCUUCAGGUGCGAAAUAUGCGCGCGAGUAAAGAAGGCACCAGAACUGGGGUCGGCUAAGGCGACUGUUACUGGUGUUAGAAAACGUUGGAUUUGCCAAGGACCACUCCAACGGUAGGCGAGUUUGGCUGAUCUCUUAUCGAUCGCCUUGCUUUGUGUGUGUGAUUUACACAACACCAAAUCGUUUAUUCUAUAGGGAUUGUCAGCACGUCCCUUAUUGUACCUUUUCUUACUGUUUCGUGGGCCAGGUUUAAAUUUUUCUGAGCACGUCUCCAAACUUCUUUUAUAUCACGUGGGUCGUCUGGCAGAAGAUCAUUUAAGGACCAGAGAUUUGAGAGCGGGUUGUUGGGUCUGUAAGUGAACAUGAGUUCGAAAGGUGUUGUUUUAUGUCCUUCGUGACGAGCAUAAUUAAAUGCCAUCUGUAACCAUACAAGGUUGGUAUCCCACUUAUCCUGCGAGUUCGCAUGGUAUGCUAUUACAGCAGACCGGAGGUUCCGAUUGAAACGUUCCGCAUGAGAAGGCUGUGGAUAAUACGGGGAGGUGGUCACAUGUUGAAUGCCAUGUGAGAAGCACAUAUUUUUGAAUUGUCUGGAUGUGAAUAGGGAUGCGUUAUCUGAUACAAUAAUAGAGGGUAGACCAGAUAUCUUGAAGAUAUUGUUUUGCAAUGCUCUUAUUGUAGUUUCUGCUGUAGCUCUCCUGAGUGGAAUGAGCCAGACGAAUUUGGAGAAGGCAUCUAUGCAUACAAGAAGCAUGGAAUGUCCAAUUUUAGAUCGGGGGAAAGGUCCCACAAAAUCUAUAAAUAAUUUUUGCAUUGGUCUUUCGGCCACAUCAGAAGUAAGGAAUCCGAAUCGUGUUUUCUGAGCGGGUUUGCUCAGUGCACAUAAUUUGCACAAUUUUAUUCUCUCAGCAAUGUCCUUGUGCAUUCCGUCCCAGCUAAAAUGGCGACGUAUGCGUUCAAUUGUUUUAUAGGUGCCCAGAUGUGCUCCGAUCGGUGAGGUAUGAUAAUACCUAAAUACCAUGUCUCUUAGGUUUUGAGGGAGGACAAUUUUGAAUGUUUUGCUUUGUUUUGUGCGCCUGUACAACAGUCCUUUUGAAAAUUUAUAGUAUUUUGGAGGUGAAUUUGAUUUCAUGUCUUGAAUAAUUUGUGAUAGGUAGGAGUCUGAGUUUUGAUGACUCUGCAAAUCCGAGAAAGCUAAAGGGAAAUCGGUGAGAAGUGCCUGACACGAAAUCGUAGGUUCCUCCUGAAGAUUAGAGUUGGAGGGGUUCUCGAACAUUCGAGAAAGAGUAUCAGCUACUAUAUUUUGUGAACCUCGAAUAUGCCGAAUGGUGAACUUUAGUGAUGAAAUUUUUGCAAUCCAUCUGCCAAGUUUGCCUAAUUGUUUGGGGUGGGCCAAAAGCCAAGCAAGGGCCUGAUUAUCGGUUUCUAACAAAAAUUCUUUGUGUUCAAGAUACUGCCUAAAUUUAUCUAUUCCGAAAACGACAGCUAGGCACUCGAGUUCGUAAACAGAUGAAGACUUCUUUUCUUGAUGAGUCAGAGUGCGCGAGGCGAAAGCAAUCGGUUGUCUGUGUCCAUCAAAGUCUUGGGACAAUAUUACUCCCAAAGCUACGCUGGAUGCAUCGGUUUGGAGAAUAAAUGGCUUAGUAAAAUCUGCCAUUCGGAGCACUGGUGGGCUGAUGAUUGCCUGUUUCAAGUAAUUAAAUGCUUUGUCCUGUUCUGGGCCCCACUUAAAUGCUGAAUUUUUCUUUCUCAGGGCGUUGAGUGGAGCUGCCUGUUCCGCAAAAUUAGGAAUAAAUUUGGAAUAAAAAUUAACCAUGCCAAUAAAUCUUGAAAUGCCUUUAGUGUCUUUAGGCGGCUGAAAAUCUACGAUAGCCUGUGUGCGGCUUGGAUCAAUCGUUACUCCUUUACUUGAAAUAAUAUGGCCCAAAAAUGAGAUUUCAGGGACAGCGAAUUUCACCUUUUUUGUGUUUACAGUUAAGCCAGCAUGGCGUAAUCGUUCCAGGACUUGAGUCAAAUGAGUUAUGUGUUCCUCAAAGGACUCUGAAUAUACCACAACAUCGUCUAAGUAGUUGAAUACAAAUUUAAAUUUAAGAUCGCCGAAAACUUGAUCAAGGAGGCGAGUUAAGACUUGUGCGCCAGUAGCUAUUCCAAAAGGGACUACUUUAUACUGAUAUAGGUUCCAGGGUACACAGAACCCGGUGAUGUGUUUGGAUUGAGGAGUUAAAGGUAUUUGGUGGUAAGCUGAAUUUAGGUCAAAAACACUAAAAUAUUUGGCCUUACUAAACCAAUGACAAGCUGAAUUGAGGUCAGGGAGUGGAAUUUGUUCAACGUCUAUCUUCUGAUUGGCUAAUCGAUAGUCGAUAACUAGGCGGUGACCUUGACCUUUGGGAACCAAGAAAGCAGGUGACGAAUAACUAGAAGUUGAAGGCUCAAUCACAUCCUUAUCAAGUAAGUCCUGGAUGUGUUCUCGCAUAAUUUGCAUUUUGGGUCCUAACAACUGAUAAGGGUGACAUCUCACUGGCGUUUUGUCCAAAAGUUUAAUUUCAUAUUCAAUAAGGUGGGUACGUCCUAAUUUUUCUGUCAAAACAUCAGAAAAACAGUUACAUAAAUUUUGUACCUCUGUUUGUUGAGCUGGUGUAAGAUGGUCCAAAUAUGAUUCAUUUCCAUCUUUGACACUUGUGCGAAUGGCUUUAACCUUACCCUGACAUUUUGUUCCCGGCGAGUCAAAAGAGAUAUUAACUUGUUUAUUAAAUUUAAACUUAAAAUUUCUUGCUUGCAAAUCAAUUAUCAAUCCUGUUUUGGCUAUGAAGUCUGAUCCAAAAAUAAGAUCUGUUGCUAGAUCCUGUGCAACUAGAAAUGGGAAAGUCCAGGAGAAUAAGUCGAUUUUAAUUUUAAGUAAGGCGAUUGUGUUCACUUUUAAUGGCUGCUCUGAUGCAGUCACACAUUGGAUAUUAACUGGUUCAGUUUUGUGAAUUACUUUUUCUUUCUGUAAAACUUCAAACAGAUGCCCAGAAAUGAAACUUCGGACUGAGCCUGUGUCGAUCAGUCCUGGAGUUUCGUGGUUGCCAAUUAAGGUUUUGGCAUAAGGUAAAACUGUAGGUAAAUUUGCAAAAAUAUUAUGACAGGUCCUCUUGUCUUGUUUUGGAUUGAUGCAGUGUUUACAGUACUCUGUAGGCUCAUUAUAAUUUUUUAUGUUUUUAGACUUAGUUGCCAAUGUGUUUGUCUGUUGGUUAUAGGUUUGUUUUGAAUUGGACGGUUUUUUGGAAAUUUUUUGUUUCUUUUUGCGUUUUCGUUUUGUCUUGUUUUCGCCUGGAGGGUGGCGAUUUUCAUUGACUGAGUUAUGCCAAUCAGUUUGUUUAUUUGGUGGCACAGAAAGAAAACUUUCUGGCCACCUACCUACAUGUUUUUUGGUUUGUGUUGGUAGUGAAAAGGCUGUUUGUUUUUGCUGUAACAUUGUUCAAUUACAUGUCCGGAUCUCUUACAGUAUUCACAAAAUGGUAUGUUUCCCUGCUGUUGCCUAUAAUUUCCCUGGUGAUUACUGUGAGGCUGUGAUUUAGGGUGAUUGUUAGUGUUCGUGCUUCCCUUGUUGGAGUUUUGGGAGGUCGAGAAAAUGGGAUGAUUAGCCGGGAAAUCUGGAUAGCGGUUCCUUUGGUAAUCGGCAAAUUCUACAUUGGUAACAUGAAUACACAGUCUGUCCAGCUCGGCAGAGUUCUGUGGUCGGGUCUGGAAGACCGCUCGUGACCUUUCGGCAGGAUUAAUGCCAUCAAGAAUAUUUGAUACGAUUUCAUUCUCUGUGACUCCUAAACGAAGAACUAGGGCCGCUUCUUUAAUGUCGGCAAUGUACCUGGACAAAGGCUCAUUCCUGUGUUGUAAUCUAUUAUACCAGUCAAGCCUGAGAUUCGUGAGCAUCCUGGCAGGAAUAAAAAAACUUAUUACAUCUGCAUGGUAUUGAUCAAAAGUUAAAUUAUUUUCAAUGGCCACCGAGGUUCUUUCACUCAAGGGCGGCUGUGUAAGGGGGAAAACUAAUUCGAAAAGUUCCCUCGUUGGUAUGUUGCAUUUUUGGUGCAACCUAAUAAGUUGUCGUAGAAAAUCAAUUAAUUUCUUUGGGUCCAAACCAUUGGUUUCAGGUAGAUUAUUUAGUAGCCUUUCGGCUGGGUGGGGAAUUUUGCUGUAGAAAUGCGAACUAUGGCCUUGAGGUUCUGAUGUUGGUGGUUGGUGCUGUGUAGUCGCUGGUUGUUCAUUAGACAAAGGGGGGUGGAGGCUGUGUCGCGGAAGAGGGGCGGCAGGGGCGAGUGGAAGGUAUGUGGUUGAGGGACUGACCUGUGGUAUUUGUGGAUCGGGUAUUGGAAUGGUUGGCAUGACAGUUGUUUGUGCCCUUAUUUCUGUCGAGGUGGAUGUGACUGGCUGUGCUGAGGGUGUGAUUGGGAUGCUAAAAGCCAAGGGGGAGGGGUGACGUUCAGGGGUGGUUUGAAGUGAUGAGAAGGGGGAUGUGAAUUGAUGGUAUGGAUUGAAAAUGGCUCCUGAGGUGGGUGGAAGACACACAGAUUGGUAAGGGUAUGUGGAGUAUUCUGGAGGAGGUCUGGUGUAAGUGACCUUGGUAACAGUCUGCGGUAUUGGUCUGAUGACCGUCCCGGGUGGAAACCACACGUGGGUGGAUGGCUGACUGACAGUAGUGAAUGUGGGUGGACUAGGAAGUUGAUUUGUGGAAAAUGAAACUGGAAAAGGUGAUGCAGGGAGGAGUGGAGGGGAGACUGGUAAUGAAGCGCCCUGAGUGGUCUGUGUUUGGGCUCGUUGUGUGUCAGUUUUGAUCUCUUCGAGGGGUGGUGUGUUCACUUCAGACCUUUGUGUCUGGAUGUCGGGAACUAACCCAGUCGCCUCGAGGCUUGUGUUUUGUAGAGCAUUGAGUCUAGUUCUCAACUUGAAUCGGAGAUUAGGGAUCUGCUGACGACAUUUGUCUAUUUCCUUUUGAUAAACCCCAUUUAGUUUCCCUCUUGACAAUAUUACCAGGUUUGCUAGCCUGGUGGCAACGUGAUCGAGUCGGGCGAUCAUUCUUAGUAUGUGGGGUUUGUUUGUUUCGGUGGACACUACAUUUGCAAAUGCUGCAAUAUCUUGGAAUUUACUGGUGGUGACAGUAAAUUCACUAAGAGGGUCUAAGUUCAAAUUUAGAAGUGAGUGUUGUGUUUGUGGUUGGCAAGACCUGAGUCUUUUUCUCAGCUCUUGGGCGUCUCCUGAAGUGGACUGCCCACGAAGUGCUAACUCGUGGAUCACCUCGUCUUUCAAAAGAUACUCUGGAGUAAUCAUAGUGAAAAUCAAAUUUAGUGUACCCUUAAACCACAGAAGGCUUAAGAAGGAGUGAGCGUCUGCUCACAAUGACCUUGAACCUUACCCUAGGCUUACUUACUAAACAUAAAAACACUCUUAACUUAACUUAUACUAGAGACUCACAAGGAGCCUUAUUAUUUUUUUCUUUCUGGUCGCCACCCUGGUCGCACAGAUUCUAAACCCACAAAUUGUAACGCAAAAAUUACGUUUGUCAGGAGUAAUGACCUUUAAACAACAAGGGAGGGGAGGUUCCUCUCGCUCGGCGGGCGUGCGCGCUGAUUAGAUAAGUAGACACCGCGCCCGUCGCUGUUUGGGUUGCGGGGGUGUGAGGGGGGGGGAGAGAGGAAGGCCGUAGUGGAGGCACGUUUAACUGAUAACACACGUGCGCGCAGCCGAACACUGGCCGCGAAACGGAGUGGGUGGGGAGGUCAGCUGGGAGGCGCGAGGAAACACUCGCCUGUCUACUGAUGUGCAGCGGCCAUAUUCAACAUGGCGGACACUCUAUGGUCCGUAAAAAAAAAAUACCGGACUAUGCGUACACAUACUCAUUAAUAAAAGGGAGAUAAAAGAAUUCUAAUGAUGAGUGUAAAUUUUCAUGCAAAAAGACUUACUAUAGUAAAAUAGAUAUAAAAAUACGCGUUAAUUGGCCAGUCAACGUUUACAAUACUAUAAACUAAAGUUAAAAAUUAUUUUAAAAAAAACUGUUUACACUUAUUAUCAUUUAGUUUAAAAGUAUUUGUAAUUUAGCCAAAAUAAUAGCAAUGACCACAAUAAACACAGUUUUGAUGCAAAAUUACGUUAUUACAGUUCCGAUAAAUUAUAUAAACUAAAGUUACUGCUAUCACUUCUAGAACACUCUUUAUGUUCUAUUUAAAAUAUACCCUGUCAAAAAUUUAUUAAUUUAAAUAAAAAAAAAUUUUUUUUUCUUAAACUAUGCUUAUAAAGUAUGCUUCUAACAAACCACGCUCUGCUACCACUUUCUGAACCCCCCUUUGUGCUUGUGCCAUUGGGUAGUACCUUUAUUUAUAGUCCUGGAAGCCGCUUAUAGCCACACAAAUGUUCGUUGAAAAAUCCAGAGGGCACAAGGGAGAAACGGAAUGUCCAAAUGGUGUUCCUCAAGUAAACCUUAGAGAACACUGUGGAUCGUUAAUAUUAAUAAAAAAAAUUAACAACUAGAUAAAAAAAAAAUACAACAUGGGUGAUUGUGCCAUAUUCCCUUGUUUAUUUGUUAAAGUUAGAAUUUUAAAAGAACUAUUUCUGUAGUUGGUAUUUUCUGAAUUUCGAACAUAUUAUAACUUUACAAUUUCAAUACAUAAUAAUAUUAGACAGAUUCAAUUUACUAAUUCAGGGGCCCCUCUAGAGAAAAAAAAAAAAAAUAGACAGAGGUUAAUAAUAAUUUUUUGCGUAGUCUUUUGUCUUAUAAUAAAACCUUCGUAAAAUCAGUUCUGUUAUUUUAACAAUAUUAAAAGUUCACCGAAGACUGGCCAUGACGAGAAUGUACUGUACCACAAGCAUGAUCAGGACUUAUUGCCGAAAAUGUCGUUGAGAUGCAAUAGCUUCCCGGUCACCGGAGAAGGCUGGCGAUUUUCAGGGGCUCCGCGAAGUUGGAGCCGAACUCCAAGAGGUUGGGAGGGUGGUACUCCGGAGAUUUGGAACCCGGAACUUUGGAACUUGGGACUUUGCACCCUCUGCAACCAAGAAAUAGGUCACAGAGUUUAGAAAAUGUAAAAAAUUACAAGGGAGGAUACAAAAGGGGAUGGUCCGAGAAUUAUAGAGUUUGGAGCUUUUGUUUACACUCACCAUUCUGCUGAGGGUGAAUUCCGAAGAAAACGGUCCACGGGAUGGCACUCGCGGACGCGGGUCGCGUAAGCGAACAUAACUAGAUUACUACGGUGAUGUAAACAAUAAUAAAAAAACCAACUAGCUAACUAGAAAAAAGAGACGGGACUACUCCCGAAACUCUGGUAAUCACAUGCCUAGACUUUGUUGGAGCUCUUCGACAGCAAAAGAAGAAAAACCGACGAAAUGGCGGGAGCCAAGUCUCUAAGACGACCGUUCGCGACGAGAGCUCAAGAAAAACUCUCCUCAAUUCCCUAAGUGGCACGAGGUAACAUCGGCUAGCCCAGGGAAGCUGGGACUCGAGGGGAAGGGAAAAUUAGCUGAUUGGCCGAAGACGCCUUGGUGGGGGUCGCUCGAAGGGGCUAAAAGAAAUUAUAAAAAAAGGGGGGGGGGGGUAAGUUCUGUUGGUCGGGCGGUGCUGCUCUCUAGGUAGGUGACACGAGAAACUAAGGGUUAGCCGACAGCUCCGGGACGAGCGGGAAGCCUACUUACAGGCGUUCGGGGGUAAUUUAGUUCAAAACAGUGCCCCUAGAUGGCACGGGUGAGUCGUUUGGCGCUAGCAAAUGGCCCCGGGGCGGGGGCGGGGGCGUGUCCAGGAGAAUGCCCGUUCAGAGUCCUCGGGCUGCUUCUGAGAAAACAUGGAGGGGGGGGGGGAUGGGGAAACUGCACUGUCUGUGAGAAACGACGGCCGUUCGCGACGAGACGUUAUGCUAACGUCGGGUGGGACAUGAGCCGCGCAUGACAAAAGGUGCUCAUGUCAUGCUGCUACUCGGAUCUGAGCUCGUCGUGAGAGAUUGUCGAUGGCAGCAGUUCCUGUCACGGGAGGGGAUCGAAAUGACAGACGGGAGGAGUGUGGCUAGGCGAGGAAAAUUUGAAUCGCCCUGCUGAGUUUAGCAGGCGUCGGCGAGAAUGCUGGGGGGGGGGGGACUAAGGUUUGGGAACGUGGCAGGGCCACUGCUAUAACAAACUUUAGGUGAGAGUGUACACUGAGGGGGGAAAAAUUAAAUUGAGUCGCAAAUUUAAUACGUAAAAUUCAGAUUAAAAAAAAAUUGAAAAUUUUUGAAAAUAGGGCCGAAAAUCUAAAUUGGCGGCACAAUACAUUAAAAAAAAUUUUAAUACAGUUUUAAGUUACCUACCAAUUUAAGUUUAAAUCUUUAAUUAAUAAUGUAAUAAUGUAAAUGAAAUGUAUUCAAGAAUUUUUUUUAACUAUACCAGGUUAUUUUGUAUGCAUAAAGUUUAUUAGCGAACUCUGAUGAACGUGUGUCCAACGACUUUGCUCGUUCUAACGAUACAUAGUGGCUGCGAGUGAGGUAAAUACAAGUGAUGUUGGUGUUCCUGUGGAUAUUGUUGCCAACCUCGUGUCCACCCAGGCCGGCUGUCCCGUCUCAGCAGAUCUGUUUUCACACGUACACUAUCGGUGCCUGAAUGUGCCACGGAUAUCUUCAUUACUUUCUGUUUAUAGCCUGACCACAAGAAUGGUGGAGUGAGUGUAGAGCGGGGGAAACCAGAGUCCUCGUUCUCCAUAGUGUUUCAAAAGGAUCUAUAAAAAAUACUUUCAGAAUAGCAAAUCAAAUGUGCAAGUAAAUUGUGUUUAGAAAUAGUUAUGCAUUUCACAUUUCAGGGCGUAGCAAUGAAUUGUUUAGGGUUAGUUUCACAAAUAACAAAUAUUGUGUUGUUGCCAUAAAGCUGUACAUUGUGUGUGCCAUUGCUGUUCUUGUUGGCAGUGCAACAACACCGACAACUCAACAACCUCCUGGUCGCUAGAGGCAGGCGCUGCUGGAGUCGUUUCAAGCUGAUCAUUGUUCACGACUGUGUAUUAGUUGUGCAUGAUACAUGUAGUCCGAUGUUUUGCAGUGACUUGUCUGAAGCAGUGUGUUCGCAUGUCGCAGUUGUGACAACUGCCCAGUGCAUCCCGGGGCAGUGAGAAGCUAGAAGCUCCCUCGAGCAUUCUGCUUGCGGCACUUGUACCAGGACAGUAAACUGGAGUGUGUUCGCUCGAUGAAGUGGAGGGAAGAAGCCCACGUGUUGCGAGGCCAGGCAGCGGCCAUGUUGGGGGGCUCUCACACAGCAGUCAGGCCCUCCCAGUGUGCUGCGAGGAAGCUGCCAGGUGCAGCAUUACCUGUCCGUCACCAGUUGUAGAGGGAGCUAGGAGCGGCACCCAGGAGUACCUUGCAAGUGUGUCUGCAAUGUCAAGAGAUUUCAUUUAGAAACAUUUUAAGUUUAUUAAUCAAACCAUUGUUGCAUUAGUGAAUUCAUAUAAGAUAUCAUAUAGCUUCGCUUUGUAUACUGUAUUUUAUCAAAUCACAUUCCAGCCUGUGUACUGCAUACUUAUUGUAUUUGAUUUUCAGCCAAAGCACUUUCAUUACACUGUAAAAUAAAAAUUGAUGUUGUGAUAAAUGAAUGAAGACUGUAUUUUGUAUUUAAAUUUAUAACAAAAAAAUUGUAAUAUGUAAUAGCAAAAUAAUUCCAUAAUAAAUGUCUGAAAA